AUGGAGGACCAUGGGAGCUCUCCGGACGGACUGCUGAGCGAAGAAUGGUACGUGGACUUUGUGUCGGAGCAGUUCGAUGUGAAAGCCUACACGGCUCAGGCCAUUCAGCAGGCGCUCAUCAGUGAGCAGCUGGCCCGCCUCGCACAGGGCAUCAGUCAGCUGGACAAGGAGCUGCACAGCCAGGUUGUGGCCCGACAUGAAGACCUUCUGGCUCAGGCCACAGGCAUCGAGUCUCUGGAAGGGGUCCUCCACAUGAUGCAGACCAGGAUCAGUGCUCUGAAGGCGGCAGUGGAGAGGAUUCGAAGCAAGAUUCUAGACCCGUACAACAAGAUGGUGGCCCGGAUCACACAGCUCUCCCGGCUGCAGAUGGCGUGUGAUCUGCUGAGGAGAAUCAUCCGUAUCCUGUAUCUCAGUAAGAGGCUCCAGGGGCAGCUCGAGGGAGGGAGCCGCGAGAUCAGCAAGGCCGCUCAGAGCCUCAACGAGCUGGACUACCUGUCCCAGGGCGUGGACCUCAGUGGAAUGGAGGUGAUUGAGAACGAGCUCCUCCUGAUCAGCAGAGCUCGUCUGGAGGUGGAGAACCAGGCCCAGCGCCUCCUGGAGCAGGGCAUGGAGAUCCAGAACCCGACCCAGGUUGGCACAGCCCUGCAGGUGUUCCACAACCUGGGGGCCCUGAGACAGACUGUGCUGUCUGUGGUGGAGGCUCAUCACACCAGGCUCCGAGAACACAUCUGCUCUGCUCUGGAGCUCAGGGGCCUCACACAGACACACACCAGAGUUGAAACUACAGCUGCGAUUGCAAUAACCGGCUGA